AUGAAAGUGCGGCCAGGUCCAGACGGCCUUCAGGCCUUCCUGCGGCAACUGGCGCUCCUGGUGGGCCGCGAUGUGGCCAACGUGAAUUUCGUCUUUCGCUGCCGCUGCCCCGACACGGGCGCCGAGAUCUUCCUGCAGGGGCUUCAAGCCUUCGAGGCCGCCAUGCAUUGCGCCUGCGUGGCGGGUGGAGGAGGAGGAGGAGGUGGCGCAUUGCGUACUCGCCGCGCGCUGGCCCUCACGUCCCCCAUCAAUAUUCCUGAGACCUCCCCUAUGGCUGAAGACUGUAGCGACUCUCUCCUCGCGGCUGCUACAGCCACUGCAUGCAUUGAGGCAGGGCUGCCGGCGUCGCCGCCGCGUCCUUCGCUGCCGCCGGCGUCCAGGUUAUCCCCCCGGGACUCUAAUGGCGUAAUGGUGGCGGCGUCGCCGUCGCGGCCGUCCCCCUGCCCGCGGGCCCUUCAAGUACGGCAGCGGAACAGCCUCCGGUAUUCUUUGCAGGGCCAACAACUGCUUGAGGGGCAACAGCUGUACGGCAUUCACGCGACAUCUCCCCAAAUCGCGUCUAGGGAUCUCCUAGCGAGCGCUGCUGCGCGGGUGCCCGUCGCCUCCGUUCCGGAUGCCGUACAUACCUGCGGCGCCGUAACCGGGCCGGUGCCGUCGGACUGCCCCGGCGACGUCGACGUGGCGACGACGGCAACGGCGGCAGCUCAAGGUACGGCAUUGGCUGUAAUGUCGGCGCCGCUAACGGCGGGCAGCGUCCAAAGUGCUGGUGCCAGUGGCGGCGGGAUCGGCGGCGGCUCUGGAAGCGUGGGCGACGGCGGCGCCAUUGACAGCGUUGGCGGCGGGGGCGCCACUGACAGCGGCCAGGAUGCUGUUAAUCUGGACUGCAACGGCGGCGGCGGUAGCGGCAAGGUGGCAGCAGUGCUGGUCGCUUUCAAGGCCCUUAAGAACGUGUUUGUACGGCGGCUUGGUCGCAAGACGUCGGGACCUAAGUGA